UUAACAAUGACUGGUUAUUUAUUUAGGUCAAGUUCUCACUAUGCAAUCCAGGCUGUCCUCUAAUUCAUGGCAGGUCUCUUGCCUCAGUUUCCCCAAGUGCUGACAUUGCAGGCACAUGCUAUUAAAUCCGGCUUUCUCCGAUUCUGAUGAGAAGCAUUACAGAUGAACAUCCUUUUUUAUGUUUGUUUGGAGAGAAGGUCCCAACCUUGAGGCUGUCCUCGAACUCACGUAUAAUCCAUGCUGGCCUCUAAAUUGCACAGAUCCUUGCCUUCGGAUUAUUGGUUUGACUCACCACAUCUGACGUGGAAUACAUUCUUCUUAUUGUGUGCGUGCGUGCGUGCGUGCGUGUGUGUGUGUGAUGGUGUUUCUAGAGAGGGUUUCUCUUUGUGGUCUUGACUGUCCUAGAACUAGCUCUGUAGACUAGGCUGGCUACUAACUCAUGAGAACCCACUCCUUCUGCCUCCCAGAUGCUGAGAUUAAAAAUGUGUGCCAUCACUGUCUGGCAUGAAACCCAUUUUCUGGGUUACAGUCCAUGUUAAUUCUCAUAGAGUUAAGGACUAUCUCAAGUUAGGUGGGGUUGGUAUGUUGAUGACUACAGCUGAAAUCACUUAAGGAACUCUGCAGGAACGGGCCUGUAUUUUCCUGUCUGCAGCAAACAGAGAUAUUCUUGUGGGAAGGAUCUCCUUCAGAUAGGAAGAUCAGAAAGUAUCCUUGCUGGUCAGAGACCAUUAGAUUAGGCUACAAUGAUCUCUUUGAAUAAAUAUGCUCAUUGAAGUAAUCCUUAGAUUCUACUAGCCUCUGCCAGUCCCCAUCUUUUUACUAUCUUUUAGUAACAGCCCUAGAUCUUGCCUCCUAAUAUAAACAUAUGUUCACGCUGUCAUUCCUCAAGAAUUUAUUUGUUCUUUGUCUAAGACAGUAUACAAGCUUCUACCGUCCUUAGCUUUAUGUGUCUGAGCGAUUUUCAGUGUAAGUAUAUGCCACGUGCGUGCAGAGCUAGGAGAGAAGCAAGCAUUAGAUCCCCUAGAACUGGAGUUACAUGCAGCUGCGAGGGGUCCACUACCAUGUAGGGAACUGAACUUGGGAAGAAUAGUAAGUGCUUUUAACUGCUGAGUUGCCUCUGGUCAGUUAAAAAACAAACAAAACCGUGUUUAUCUGUUAUAAAGUGUGGUUUGUAAUGUGCAUGUAUGCAUCACAUGCAUGCCGGGUGCUCCCACAGUCUAGAAGAGAGCAUCAGAUUCCCCUGCAACAGUUGAGAGCUGCGGUGUGUGUCUUCUGGAAGAGCAGCCAGUGCUGACUUUCUGUUUCAAAAUUCAAGACAGAUGGUUUUCAAGCAAGGGGUCUGAGGAGCACCAAGAAAUUGUCAAUGUAGCACAGUGGGUUUGCUUCUCCACGUCGGGAACUGAAUAUGCCAGGGGAGCACUGGAGCUGAACUACACCCCCCGCUCAGAUUUCACAUUUCAGUUCAUCAUCUCUCUGAUAUAUCUGCAGCAAAAGCACGUAUUUCCCAUCCUUUAUCUUUCUUUAAAAAAAUUCUAUCACAAAGGAAUUAUUGGGAGUGUCUAUAGCAUAACAGGAAAGACCCAAACCAGCUGAACUUUUUUUGCAGCCCAAAGUUUUGGGAGUCUGAAGCACCAACACAUGGGACUUUUAGGUUUAUGACUUUUAGGCUUUGGUCACUCUACUUGAAUUGUAAGUUCUGGUCUCUCUUUUCCAGGCCAAGACUAUCGUCUAUAGAGCGUAUGAAUCACUAUCCAUAAACGGGAGCAACGCUGACUUAUUGCUAAGGCUCCUCUUCUCUGCCCCUUCCCCAUGUUUGGUUACAGAAAUCUCUAACAGAGUCGGGAACUCUAAGGACUUGUAAACCAUACUCCUUGAAGGCACAAUUGUAGCCAUAUUUCUUCCUUUCUCCUUCCUCUACUCCCCCUCUUUCCAUCUUGUCUUCGAGAUCAAGCCUUGCUGUGUAUCUUAGGCAGGCUUGAAAUUAGCUAUGCAGCCCACACUGACCGGCAGCGGAGAGCGAUGUGAGCUGUGGAAUGGAGUUUCUCUGUGAAAGUGAAAAACCACUACUGAGUUUUCUGAUCCAGAGUGUAAGAGAGGACGCGGAGGAAGCAGACGACGGCUUAGGCGUGCCUAAACCGGGGGACCGAAGCCUCACGAGGACGGACGAGCGCCAGUGACUUCACUGGCCUGAGCAAGGAACCUGUGAGGUAACAAUGGAAGAAGGCUGAGAGUUGCCAGCCGUGCGGGCGUGGUCCUAAUAAGCAGCUUCCCCCACCCCCCACCCCCCAGCCUCCUCCAGAAGCCGCCGGUCGCCCGUGCAUCCCGCCAUCACGAGGUCCUGGCGCCAGCCCUGCCCCCAAGGCGGGGCCCAGGCCACUGAGGAUCAUCAGUCCGGACCGCCCUCCGCUAGGGCGCUUCCGCGCCACACUCAGUGCGCAGGCGCCUGGCCCGCGGCCGUUGGCGUUCAAAGGACGCCCGCGCCCUCUCAUUGGCGGAGGCGGCGCAGUUGAAAGCCAAUGUCGGGCCGCGGGCUCCGCCCCCGCUGGGCACCUGAGGACUCCGGCGAGCGCUUUGCAGUGUCCGCACCAAGCUGCUUGGGAGCCAUCGCUGUGUGCAUCGUCGCCCGCCUCGCGAAUAACAAAAGAUCCUGGAAAAGUUGAAGAAGAUAAAGUAUAUUCAGUAUCCAGAUCAGGAGAUUAACAGACCAGGAAAUGCACAAUUUUGAGGACGAGUUAACCUGUCCCAUUUGUUAUAGUAUCUUUGACGAUCCUCGUGUACUACCAUGCUCUCAUACAUUUUGUAGAAACUGUUUGGAAAAUGUUCUUCAGGCAUCUGGUAACUUUUACAUAUGGAGACCUCUGCGAAUCCCACUCAAGUGUCCUAACUGCAGAAGUAUUAUUGAAAUUGCUUCGACUGGCAUAGAAUCCUUACCUGUAAACUUUGCAUUAAGAGCAAUUAUUGAAAAGUACCAGCAAGAAGACCACCCAGAUGUUGUCACCUGCCCUGAACAUUACAGGCAACCAUUAAAUGUUUAUUGUCUACUAGAUAAAAAAUUAGUUUGUGGCCAUUGUCUUACUAUAGGUCAACAUCAUGGCCAUCCUAUAGAUGACCUUCAAAGUGCCUAUCUGAAAGAAAAGGAUACACCUCAGAAGUUGUUUAAACAGUUAACCGACACACACUGGACAGAUAUCACUCGCCUUAUUGAAAAGCUUGAAGAACAGAAAUGUCAUUCUGAGAAAAUCGUUCAAAGUGAUAAGGAAGUUGUUCUCCAGUAUUUUAAGGAGCUUACUGAUACGUUAGAACAGAAAAAAAAAUUUUUUCUGGCAGCUCUCUGUGAUGUUGGCAAGAUGAUUAAUCAAGAAUACACUCCACAGAUUGAAAGGAUGAAGGAAAUAAGAGAACAACAACUUGAGUUAAUGACAAUGACAACAUCUUUACAAGAUGAAUCUCCACUUAAAUUUCUUGAAAAAAUUGAUGAUGUUCGCCAACGUGUGCAGAUGUUGAAACAGAGACCACUUCCUGAGGUCCAGCCUGUUGAAAUUUAUCCUCGAGUAAGCAAUGUAUUAAAAGAAGAGUGGAGCAGAACAGAAAUUGGACGCAUUAAGAAAGCUGUCAUCCCUGAAAUGAGAAUCUCUUCAAAAAGGAUGCCAUGUUCCUGGCCUGAUAAGGAUGAAAAAGAAAUGGAAUGUUUUAAAAUUUUAAACAUUGCUAUAGUUUCACUAAUUUCAGUGAUACUAAUGCUGAUACUCCUUUUCAACCAUCACAUAAUAACCUUCUUAAAUGAAAUCACUUCCAUAUGUUUCUCUGAAGUCUUUCUCUCUGUUUACCAAAGUUUAUCUAAGAACUUAUAUGACUUAAAAAACACAGUAUGCUACACUUUAUAUUUGUUAAAGGAAUUUAUGUGGAAAAUAGUGUCUUGUUGAAAACCCAAUUUACCAGUUUCAUGUAGGUGUAUUCUGUAUAGCAGAGGCUAAGUAUUGGUUGGCAGAUUGAAAGGUCAGGGUGGCAUAAGGAGCAAAUAAACAUCUUUAGAGACACACAGAAAUACGACAGGUUUCCCAAGGUGGGGUAGAAGUGGUCAGAAAGGAGACAUUAUCUGAAAGGCAACUCAAAUCAAAUUAGAAAACGACAAGUUUUGUUUUGAGUAUGACUACUGUACCUUGCUUUUAUUGGCUUACUAGUCAAUGCUUUAUUCUGUUUAGUGUUUCAACUGCUACAUACAGUGCUUAACUUUGCAGUUCUUUGUAUAUGCAGAUGUAAGAUUAUAAAAGAUGACAAGCUCCUUGAGGUCCACAAGCCUAGUUUGAUAGGAUUUGAAGCUUUUCAAUGUAUAGAUGGAGAUGACAUAGAAGUUGUUUAAAAAAAUCUAGGCCAGGAUUGUUUAAACACCUUUUUUGGUCAAUUAAUAGAUUUCAGAGCAUUCAUCCCAACCAGCUGCUUGCUGCUUUUGGAUAAAUCAUCUGUGUUUAGCACGGAGUUCAAUUCAGCCUUGAUAUCAGUGAGGUCUCAAAAACCAACCAAAAAGUUACAGUGCUAGAGAGCCCCCUGCCUGGGCUGCUGGCUCCAGCACUGCAAAGCAAACCAAGUAUGUAUUUGAUUUUGUGGUGUUUUAAUCUUAUUUUUAGAUGAAAAUUAUAUGAAACGUAUAUUAAGACAAUCAUGUUGAUGUGAUUCAUUUAAUAGGUUUGGUAUCAUGUAUGCUAUAUUCAUCUUAAAAUGGGCUCACCCUGUAGCUCAUGUACUAGGGUUUCACUGAGCUGCCACUAUCUGUUUAGUCUUGAAAAGAGGUCAUUAAGUUGGAACCUUUAAUUUUUGAUAGGGACAACCAUGAUGCAUGUGGUAUAACUUUGGUUCACUGCCAUUAAAAUUGAAAAACAUUCCAGAAACCCCAAAUGAGGUGCUCUUGAAUUAUCAUCUUUGGACCUUAUUUCAAGUAUCACUAAGUCCACUUAUCAGAGUCAGAUUUUAUCUAACAGUUACUAUAUACUGAGGCCAUUUUGAAGUUGAGAAAGAAUGGUCAGUUUUUAACAGAUACCUGUCAUUGUGUUAUUUUUUUAAAUGUACAUAUUAGCAGGUGAAGAACAUUAGCUAAGGCAUUUUUCAAGGGGUUACUAACUUUGUAUAGAUGAGGAAAUAAAGUGCAGUGUUGGUGUUAGCAGGUGGGAGAGAAACUGAAACUUCUAUUUUAGUGUAAAACAGCAUAUACCCAGUAUUACCUUUAGGCUUUGUAUUGAUAUACUUGUUUUAUAUUUUUACCAGGAGGUUGAGUUUGUACAACUUAAAAUGCAUACAUUUGGAAAUUCUGGGUUUUAUGUCUAACAGUAUAUUUUAAUAAACUUGACAUUUUAUUGAAAGUGGUGGCAUAA